AUGGCAGACCAAGUAUCCUCCAACCCGGUGACGAUCGUCGUCGAGCACUUGGAUCCGGAGUUGGGCGCCUGGUCUGCAUUGGAAUAUGGCUGUAUCGCUCGUGAGGCGCAUGCAUCUGGCAGUCGAUUUCUGCUAAGCUCCGUACCCACGUCACUGCAGAUGCCUCAGGACCUGGCUGCGACGCAAGGGCUCGAAGUCGAACACCGGAGCAUUGAAGAAGUUUUCGCAGACCGGAAGUCCAAGGUCUGCCUGCUGGACCCCGCCGCUCAGGUGGAAUUGAGCCCCGCCGAUGGCGAGAAUUUCGAAGUGUUCCUUUUUGGAGGCAUCCUUGGUGAUGACCCCCCUCGUGGUAAGUUAUUCAUGCUUCAUUCUGGUGAUGAGAAGAUCCUGUCGUUAAUUAUCAAUCGACCAGAUCGGACUUCUGAACUAAGAAAGAAGGGCUAUGCCGGCAGACGAUUGGGCCCCAAGCAAAUGACCACCGACACGGCGGUCCGAGUAACGCGCAUGGUGGUCCAUGAAAAAGUGCCCCUAGAGCAAAUCCAGUACCUGGACUACCCCGAGAUCCUCAUCAACGAGCAUGAGCGAACCGAGAUGCCCUUCCGCUAUGUGAAGGGCGAGGAUGAACAGCCCAUCAUGCCUCGGGGAAUGAUUGACCUGAUCAAAAAGGACGCCGACCAUGGGAUCGAUGAUCUAAUCUAA